UCUGGUGCUGGGCCUUCUGCUGCCAGUUUCUACUGUUCAUCAAUUAGUUCAUCGCCUGCGGCCAACGCAUUCGCUUCGUGUCUGCGCCCCUCGUACCUUCCGAACGUUCGGUGCGCUAUAGGGAUACGGCUCCGAUCCCAACCUUAACACCUUCAUCAUGGAUAUUGCCACCAAGUCAAGCAAAUCUUCCUUCUCCAUAGACAACAUAUUGGAUCAUAAGACGCGAACGAGUCACAGUCCCACCGCCACAGAUGCCGCAAAUCGAUCGCAAACGUGUCGCACCUCUGCCCACAGUCCUGUGGCGGCGGCAACAUCUGUGGUUACCAUACCCAAGGCAACCAUGGCCACUGCCUCGCCACCCACCACCGCAUCGGGAGCGUCCAUCUAUGAUAUAUCCCGCGAGACGGUCGCCGCUCAAUAUGCCCUCAAGAAUCUGGAGUCCAGUCAGGUGCUGUCGCCCACGACGCUGCGCUUCAAUCCCAUCUAUCCAGAUCCCGCCUCGUUAUUCUACCAGCAGAUGCUGAAUCUACAGAAGAAUCCUUCGCUCUUUAUGCCCCACUUCCAGGCAGCAGCCGUUGCUGCAGCAGCCGCCGCCCAACCGACAGGCUAUUGUGAUCAAUAUAGUCCGUUUGCCAUGGACUGUGAAGGCUUUCCCAAUCCGGCGUCCGCUGCAGCCGCUCUCUACUGCAAUGCCUAUCCGGCGGCCAGCUUUUACAUGUCCAAUUUUGGGGUGAAGCGCAAGGGCGGCCAGAUCCGAUUCACGUCCCAGCAAACGAAAAAUCUCGAGGGCCGUUUCGCCAGCUCCAAGUAUCUGUCGCCCGAGGAGCGCCGCCAUCUGGCGCUGCAGCUGAAGCUGACGGAUCGUCAGGUGAAGACCUGGUUCCAGAAUCGCCGAGCCAAAUGGCGGCGGGCUAAUCUCACGAAACGCAGUGGGUCUGCAGCCGGAUCAGCAGGAGCCUCCUCAACGGCGCCCAGCUCCAACAGCAGCACUAGCUCCGCCUACGGCACAGCCCUGACGUUGAGCAGCCGUCGGAGUGGCAGCGGCCAGCAGAGCGACGAGGAGGACCGCAUGUAUCUGUCGGAGGACGACGAGGAUGACGAUGACGAGGAGGAGCCGGCGGAACCAUUAGCCGACCCUUUGGUCAAGUGAAGCUCGUGGAUUG